GCAGCUCCACAGAGACAAACAUAGCUUGAGUUGGGAACAUUACUUCCAGUGGCCCCAUAUUAGGGAGUGAAGAAGGAGGAGGAGUUUGGCUGGUCUAGUCUUCCUACCAGAGCUGGGAAAGAUGCAGCUCUCUCUGAGAAACAUGCUCCCUUCUCUUUGGGAAGGAACUCCCCUGCAGAAUUUCCUUCUCCUCUCUGUCAUCAUCCUGAUCCUGACACAUUAUCUGCAGAGCAGGAGGCGACAUCUAAACUACCCCCCUGGCCCUCCAAGUUUGCCCAUAUUGGGCAACUUCCUCCAGAUGGAUUUCAAAAAGCCCCAAGUCACUCUGCAAAAGUUUGUCCAGAAAUAUGGAAAUAUCUUGUCCAUGCAUGUGGGCAGUGAAAUCUUUGUAAUAGUAACUGGAUUGCCAUUGAUCAAGGAGGUCCUGGUCAACCAAAGUGAUGUGUUUAUUGAUCGACCACAACUCCCUAUCCAUCUUCAUAUCUUUAAGUCAUUUGGAUUGAUCAUGUCUAAUGGCCAACUGUGGAAACAGCAAAGAAGAUUUGCCUUAAUGACUCUAAGGAACUUUGGUUUGGGAAAGAAGACCCUGGAAGAUCGGAUACGGGUGGAGGCCAAGUAUCUCACUGAAGCUAUUGGGGAAGAAAAAGGACAGCCCUUUGACCCCCACUUUGUGAUCAACAAUGCUGUUUCUAAUAUCAUCUGCUCUGUAACAUUUGGACAUCGUUUUGAGUACCAUGAUUCAAAAUUUCGGGAGCUGCUGAAGACUGUGGAUUAUACCAUGAAGCUUUUGACCAGAUGGGAGUGUCAGCUCUUCAAUAUAAUUCCUUCUGUAAUGAAAUUCCUGCCAGGAGCUCACCAGAAGCUCUUCAGAGAAUCCAAAAAGCUAGAAUCUUUUGUAGAAGAUGUGAUCAAACAACACAAGGAAAACCUGAAUCCAGAGGAGCCCCAGGAUUUCAUUGAUGCUUACCUGACGGAGCUAUCCAAGGAUAACAUCCAUUCUAGUUUCAGUGAAAAAAAUUUAGUCUACUGUACCAUGGACCUCUUCUUUGCUGGAACAGAGACAACUUCAACCACUCUAAGGUGGGCGCUGCUGUACAUGGCCCUUUAUCCAGAGAUCCAAGGCAAAAUACAAGCUGAGAUUGACAGAGUGAUUGGCCAAACUCGGCAGCCCACCAUAGCUGAUAGGGAGAAUUUGCCCUACACUAAUGCAGCUGUUCAUGAAGUUCAAAGAAUGGGUGACAUUAUUCCUUUCAAUGCACCCAGAAUGGCUGUGGUUGAUACCACAGUGGCAGGAUACCAUGUGCCCAAGGGAUCCAUGAUGAUGACCAACUUGACUGCUUUGAACAGGGACCCCAAGGAGUGGGCUACCCCAGAAACCUUCAACCCAGAACAUUUUCUGGAGAACGGCCAAUUUAAGAAAAAAGAGUCUUUUCUGCCUUUCUCAAUUGGAAAGAGGGCCUGCCUGGGAGAACAGCUGGCUCGGGCUGAGCUCUUCCUUUUCUUCACCAGCCUCCUCCAGAAGUUCACAUUCCAGGCUCCUCCAAACACCCAGCUGAGCCUGGACUUCCAAAUAAGCAUGGCCGUCUCUCCUCUCCCCUACCAAAUCUGUGCCAUUCCUCGAGAGAUAUAGGCCAAGCCAGGCCUGUGAGGUGAUCAUCCAAGGGGCACAGGAAAAAAGGGCACACUGGAACCAGUCUCAUGCUCCCUGCCUUUGGAGUCUGGCUAGGGACGAGGAGAGAAGUCAAGAAGGCAAAAAGAGGAGAGAGACCAAGGGAGGGUAUCUGUUGCUGAUUGAAUAUUUCUACUUAGAAAAAGAAGCAUGAACACCAGCAAAAAGAAAACACAGAGUUCUUACUGUAUUUGAAAUUUAAGAUCUUGGGGGUCACUUCUUAGUCCUGUCACCUAGUAGCUGGGUGAUUUGGGAUCAUAUCCCUCGAAUCUCUGCCUCCUUUUUCAAAUAUAAACUGAGGGGGAGGAAGAUUUCUAAAGUCUUCUCCAAUUUUAAAUCUAUAACUCUGUGAUGAUGGGAACAGAGAAUCAAUACCGUUCUUUCCCUGACAAGCAGCAGUGGGGCCAAACUUUGGUUAAUUAUUCUUCUCUGUCUUGUGUUUAUAACUAAACAAUGGAUGGGAUUUUAGAGAAGGGUUCAGAAAAUUUAAAUCCUCAGGUUGAUUAGGAUGAUUCUAAGAGAUCUCUAUGGAUUGUGAACUCUUUGUGGGCAAAUAUUAUUUUCUUUAUGUCUUUAGAUCUACAACAAGUGCCUGCCAUAGAGGAUCCCAUUAAUAAUGAUGAUUGUUUCAUCCCUAAAAGACUUCCUUUCACAUUCAUAAUUUCUUUGACUUUCACAGUGUGAAAUAGUAGCCCAUUCAUUGAUGAGCUGGGUUUCUCAUUCCUAUUAAAAGUCAUGUUAUAGAUACAUCAUAAACUCGCCACUAUUAAUUAUACUCAUAUGAAGCUAAGAAUACCUCCACCUUUGUUUUGCUCAUUUGUUAAAGCUCUCUAUUCCUCUUAAGUUUCCUUAAUUUUGUCAGAGAUACUUACACAAAAUAGAUUUCCAUGCUGCUGAUAAAAACCCUUGUAAUACCCCAGUGAAACACAAAAUGUAAAUGACCAUGUGAAUCAGUGUGACUAAUAUUCCUCAUUUAUUGUUUGUUAUGUCAAAUUAUCCAUUCAUAUGUUUUGAAAGGAAUAAAGCUUUAUUUAAAAAAUAGAUAAUGGGAAGAGAGUACUGAAGUAGAAGGAAUAGUCAAGGAUGUAGUGGCUAUGCUAUUAUAGAUCUUGAUCCUUUGUUCUACACAAUAAACAAAAUUCUUUAUUGGGUCA